UCAAGUUUGGUCACUUCUUGGUGCUUAUCUCAUGUCAAAGAUUGAAGUUGCAGUUGCAGGAAAAGUCUUCAUACUUUCUGCUCACCCAUCAAACACAUGGUGUCUCAAAUUAAGUCAAAUAAUACUUAACACAUAUAAGCAACACAAUAAAGAAUAUGUAAACAUAUAUUUGUGUGUUUAGCAGACAUUCAACAACAUGUGUAAUAUAUAUUUUAGAGAUUCUGAAGACAGGUGUCAAAGAUGAAGAUGCAGUCGACAUACACGACCCCCUUGAUGACGAUGAAACGUUAGAUCCAUUUCUCUGUUCGGGGACAGUAAAAAGCAUUAGAAAAUUAAUUGAAUCAAGAAGGCUGCCAAGACAAAGAAUACUUGAUGAGAUGUGCCAGAUUUUUGGGAGGAAAUCCAAAGCCAUAAUCGCCACAUGCAAGGCAAUUUGUGAACAUAUCAAAUCAAAACAUGUCGCUAUUGCAUAUGUUUGGGCUGCUUAUACAAUUGAAAACCCACAAAGAAUAACUUUUGUAAUAACUGUGAAGCACAAGUCAGAAGGUAGCAAAAGUAAAGAGCCUCUUCGUUUAGAGAAAUUGAUCCAGUAUUCAUUUGUUAAACAAUACGUUGGCGAUUUUAGCUUAGAAGGCUCUGAGGUAAUUAAGCAACAGGCUUCACAUGCUGCGAAAUUAGAUGAAGAAUUCUAUCAAAAUCUUCAGACUUGCAUUUCAAAACACUCUGAAAAUUUGAUGAAGAAGCACAAGUAUCUGUCAAUUAUAUCUGCAUGCUCAAAUAGAUCAAAAGGAUUUGGCGCUUCAUGGAAAUUGCUUCCUGAAAAGUGUAUCGUUUUCUAUGUCCAAAAAAAGAAUUAUAUUCCAAUUGAUGAAGAACCGUUUGAAACAAGUUAUGACAGUAUUCCAGUUGAUGUUAGAGAAGGUGUCUUUAUUCCGUACGGACAUACUGCCGGAGAAAAGCUAAAUCCUGUUAGGAUGGGAUGUCAAAUAGGUGGAGAUAGUUUUACAGGCACCCUUGGCUGUUUUAUAGAUCAUCCUCAAUACGGAGUUUGUGGGCUGACAUGCGCACAUGUACUUUUACAUUCAUUGAAGCUUGAGAAGUUGAAAUCAUUAGGUAGGAUGAAAUGGCCAUUGCAUGGUUUGUCCACAAAUGUUUAUCAGCCUGCUGAUAACCAGUCUGUAUUAGGAAACGUUGUUCAACUUAUCUGCAAAAAAGGCUCAGGCAAUACCUGUGGAAUGGAUGUGGCUCUGUUCAGAAUCAUAGACAGACAACCGAAAACGGCAAGUUUCCCUGACACAACGGCGAAUUCGGGAUCAGGUAUUCAGACAAUAAACUAUGACAGCUGGCGAAUGUGUUGUACAGAUUUGCUGUAUUUAACUCAGUAUCGUGUGGUGAAAUUUGGAUCGAGAACAGAAUUAAGAGAUGGAAAGAUAAAAUUUGGUGGUAUGGGAGUCAAAAAAAUAAAGAGUUGUCCACUUUUUUCAGGAUGUGCAACUAUAACAUUGUUUAACCAAAUUGAAGUUGAAAAUUAUACACCUGGCCUUCCUUUUGCUGACCAAGGCGACUCAGGGGCACUUGUCUUCGUUGUUGACAACAAUUCUCAACAUACAUGUAUAGGGAUUGUAGAGGGAGGUACAACAUACGGGACAGUGGUCGUUACUCCUAUUGUUCCUAUAUUAGAGGAACUUAACGUGCCUGGUUUAAAAAGUUUUGAAAAAGAAACGACUUUGUCGCAUAUCCAUGAUAACAUAAAUAACUUAGGAGCACAUAUAAACACAGUUGCUAGUGACGUUCAAAGCAUGCAUACUGAUAUUCAGGGCCUUCAAGGUAAUAUGCAGACUGUUUGCAAUGAUAUUCAGGGCCUUCAAGGUAAUAUGCAGACUGUUUGCAAUGAUAUUCAGAGCAUCAACAGCAACAUGCAAAAUAUGGGAAGUGCAGUUCAGCAAAUAAUACAUCUUUUAAAUCCUCCCCGCUAAGUUGCUGCACAGCAGUAUCCAUGAUCGAAAGAAUCACAUGGCUUAAAACAAUGACCAUAAUGAUUAUUUCGUGUUCAAAUAUUGCAUCCCAUGCUUUAUGCUUUUAAGAAUCUUAGUAAUCAGUUUCGUAUUUGCUGUUUGCUGUGAUAGAUUUUUGGGAUUUGGUUCCUGUGUGAAUAUUAUGUCUAAUACAAUGGUGAACAAUUAAAGUUGGUGUAGUAACUGUAUAGCUAAAGACACGGUACUCCUUAGUUACUUCAAUAUAUUUUGUUAACGCUUGCUAAAUGUUGUUUCCUAAUGAUUGUUAGACAGUAU